GAAACUGAAAUGUUGAUCUUCAUAAGAUUACAGUAAAGAAUCAGUUCAGUACUUCAGAGUGGCGUAGCAGUAUUUGCAUUUUCCCAGAUCCAAGAAAGAUUCUGGAUGUCUGAGUGAACAAAAAAUAAUAUUCUGAAGAAAUAUGCUGUAAUUUACCUUGGAUGUAAAUCAUGGCCAGUGGAGGGAAAAUAUCUAUAUAUCUAUUUGGAAUCAUCAUGGCUGUCGUGCUGAACCAUGAGUGUGUUGCGGAAGUUCUUGAUUUUUCAGACAUAAGUCUGGAUUUACAGUUCAGCUACUCAGAUGGUGCAGCUCAUCAUAUAAGACGGAGAAGCACAGAUCAAGUGCAGUAUGUAAUGGUAGUGGAAGUAAAUGUAUCCGACAUUGAAGCUCUCAACCAAAUCAGAACAUCUGUGGCCACCGUUCCACUUCCAUUUCAAGCAGACAAUAGCACUGAAAUUACAGCUGUGAACAUUUCGACAGUGUGUUCUUUGAAUGAAACGCAGUAUCAGUGUAAAUGUGAGGGUCUGUUUGUUUGGCCAAAUGACACGUGUCAUGUAUACCAGGCCUGUGAUGCCAUCUCUAACGGAUCAUGUACAUGUAUCAAUGACCUUCCAGCUGAUGGACAGUUCUGCCAAGAUGUUGAUAAAUGUCUGGUCAAUCCACCUGUCUGUGGUCCAAAUUCCAACUGCACAAAUACAAUGGGAAGUUACAGUUGCUCAUGUUUGAGUGGAUUCACAGCAACAAACCCAAAUCUCACAAUCAGCAUUGAUAACAUCUGUACAGCUCCAUCAAUAACAACCCCUACACCAUCAUCGCCAACACAAUCAACAACAGCAGGGCCACUUUUUGUGUAUGAGAGUGAAAUUGAUAUCAGUUUAUUUGAUAUUUCCUCGGCGAACAGAUUAGAGAGUCUCAUCACAUCAUAUCAACCACCUUAUUCUUUGGGCAGCAUGAAUAUCCUUGAACUCAACAUUACUACUGUGUGUGGAUUGAAUGGAACUGAAUAUGAUUGUCAGUGUGCAGCGAAUCAUGUUUGGUCCAGUAACAACUGCACGACCUAUCAGGCAUGUGAUAAUAUUGUCGGAGGUACUUGUGGAUGCAUUCGGGCUCUUCCUUCAGCGGGGCCGCUUUGCCAGAGAGAUAUAAAUGAAUGUCAGCCGAGUCCAUCUGUCUGUGGUCCGAAUUCCUCCUGCACCAAUGAAAUAGGAAGUUACAGUUGCGCAUGUUUGAAUGGAUUCACUCCAACAAUUUUCAAUCUGUCAGUCAGCAUGAAUAACACAUGUAGAGAAUCACUAACAUCACCAACAACAACACCCGCAACAACACCAACAUCAACACUCACAACAACACCAACAACAAGACCAUUAUCAUCGUCAACAACAGUGCCACUUUUUGUGUAUGACAGUGAAAUUGAAAUAGACUUGUUUUUCGAUUACCCGACAAGCAGCAUACGUGAUCUCUUCACAACAGUCAAUAGCUUCCUGCCUUACACUCUGAACAACGUAAAUCUCCUUUCUGUUGACAUGACGACUGUGUGUGAUUUGAAUGGAACAGACUUUGAUUGCAAGUGUGAAGUGGCUCAUGUUUGGCCCAGUAACACCUGCAAGGCCUAUCAGGUGUGUGAUAAUAUUGUAGGAGGCACUUGUGGAUGUAUUCAGGCUCUGCCUUCAAAUGGAACACUUUGCCAACAAGAUAUAAACGAGUGUCAGCAGACUCCAUCUGUCUGUGGUCCAAAUUCCACCUGCACCAAUGUAAUAGGAAGUUACUAUUGCUUAUGUUUGCCUGGAUUCAUCCCAGCAAACCCAAAUCUAUUAGCCAGCAUCAAUAACACAUGUAUAGCAACAGCUCCAUUAACACCAACUCCAUCAACUCCAACAACAAAAGCACCAGUUUUUGUGUAUGAAAGUGACAUUGAAAUAGAUUUGUUUAGCGAUUACCCGAUGAGCAGCUUAAGGAAUCUCCUCACAGGAAUCCCACUGCCUUACACUCUGAGCAUCAUAAAUCUCUUAUCUGUUAACAUAACGACAGUGUGUGAUUUGAAUGGAACAGGCUUUGAUUGCAAAUGUGAGGCGAAUCAUGUUUGGCCCAGUAGCACCUGCACGACCUAUCAGGUGUGUGAUAGCAUUGUAGGAGGCACUUGUGGAUGCAUUCAAACUCUCCCUUCAAACGGGUCACUUUGCCAGCAAGAUAUAAAUGAGUGUCAGCCAAGCCCUUCUGUCUGUGGUCCAAAUUCCAUCUGCAACAAUGAAAUAGGAAGUUAUAGUUGCUCAUGUUUGAAUGGAUUCACUCCGGCAAAUUCAAAUCUCUUAGUCAGCAGUAAUAACAAAUGUACAGCACCAACAACAACACCACAACCAUCACCACAACCAUCACCACAACCAUCAACACAACCAACACCCCAAACAACACCCCAAACAACAACACCACCACAGCCUACGCCAACAACACCACAGCCAACAACAACAACAACAACACCAGAGCCAACAACAACAACGACAACAACAACGACAACAACGACAACAGUUGCAACAAAAGUUAUUACAAUGUCAUUGAAAAUGGAUCAGACUUUUGACACAAAUCUUGCUGACUCUACGACCCAGACUUUCAAAGAUUUAUCGGGAAAGCUUGAAUCAUCUAUUGACUCAAGUUAUUCUUCUAAUUUAAAAGGCUACGUUAGUAAGUCUGUGAAGGUUAAUGCCUAUAGGCCUGGUAGUGUAUUUGCAGACUACACAAUAAGUGCAACAUCUAGUAACCUUGAUUUUUCAUCAGCAAACGCAGCUCUUUCCAGCUCACUACAGGCACAAGGAAUAAUUUUAGCUGCAGAUGCUUUUGCUCAAAGUGAUCAAAAAGACUUCAUAACGGGUCAAGUUUAUCCUCAGCAAAAGCUGGAGCUAAUAUGUACACAGCCGGACUUUGCACAAGGACAAAUAACAUGGAAAGUGAAUAACAAAGAUCCUGACAAAAAUCAGUACUCACUUUCAAGCGACAACCGCACUCUCACAGCGAACAGUGUUACUGAAAGUAACAGUGGUCAAUAUUCAUGCAUCACACAAAGGACCACAAUACCUUACAUUCAGUGGCAAAACAUUGCUGUUAAACAACUUCCCAAUAUCAAUGUGGGUAAUAAUUACCGUGUUGUUCAAUGUCCUGGGAGCAGCGUCUUGAAAUGUUCUGUUGAUGCUGGCUACAGUAUUGAGUGGGUCCAGGGUGAAACAGUACAAGUUUCAGAAUCUGCAGCAGACGGUAUCACAUUAAACUACGCAAGUCAAAUUGGAAAUUGUACGCAGGAGCAAACCUUUACAUGUCGUCUCAAGGGUCUGCCAGCACUACUCAUAUACGGUUAUAGCCAGAGCAGUGUCAUAGUGAAGAAUACUGAUCAACAAUAUGACUGUCAAAAUGAAGAACUUGGACUUGGAAAUCAAAAUGAACAGAGGAAUGGAAUCUGUCCAACUGGCACAAAAGGCAUCAUAACUUAUGAAUGUGAUUCAAAGGCCUGGAGACCAAUAAAAGAAAACUGUAUACUUGGGGUUAUCAGUGAUUUACUUACUCAAAUUCCGGUAUUGCAAGUGGGACAGAUUCCAAGUUUCCUGUCUAACCUCAGUUUCGCCACAGAGCAGAAUAAUAUUAAUAUAACUCAGUCUGCUGCUACUGUCAAAGCAAUUGUGGAUAUACUUUCACAAAUUGCUAAUCUGGCACAAACAGCACUCAUCGGUCCGCCAGUGAUGAACAGUUUCCUAAAAACAUUGGACAUCAUUGUGUCAACUAAUAGCACUGAGACAUGGAACACUCUGAACAACGACAACACCACAGAAAACACCAACAUUAAACUUCUGAAAGCCACUGAAACUAUAAGUGACCGUCUCAUAGAUCAGUUUACGGUCAAUCUAACAUCCAUUCAGCUGAGCAGAACUACAGUAAAUAGCUCAUUGAGUGUAACAUCAACACUGUCAAACUCAACUACUGAGAUUGUGAUACCACAGGUUUUUGGGCCGACUACAGCAACGAUCAUAAUCUUCACAACUCUUGACAAUAUCCUUCCAACCCGUAAUAUUUCUAAUAAUAACAGCAGUGACAUAUCAGAUCAGCGUAUCAAUGGAGAUGUGGUUGUUGUUAAAGUUGAUAAAACAGUUAACAACAUAUCUUUUGCAUUUGACAUUACUAAUCAGUCUUUGGGAAAUCCUCAGUGUGUCUUUUGGAACUUUAACCUCAGCGCAUGGGAUUCCACUGGAUGUGAAGUAAAGCAAGUAGGAAAUGACUCUGGCAUAAUUACAUGUGAAUGCAACCACACAACCUCUUUUUCAAUUCUAAUGUCACCUUUUAUCCUUGACAGUUUAAUCUUAGCCUAUAUAACUUACAUUGGCGUAACAAUUUCAAUGAUCAGCUUGGUUUUAUGCCUUAUAAUUGAAGCUAUCGUUUGGAGAUCAGUGACAUCAGCCAGAGGUGUUACAGUUGUAAGCUCCUACAUGCGACAUAUCUCCUUAGUCAACAUUGCCCUCUCUCUGCUCAUCGCAAACGUCUGUUUUAUCAUUGGAGCUGCAAUCUCAGACCUAGAAAAGCCAACCCCCGUGGGUCGCUGCAGUCCAGUGGUUUUCUUCAUACACUUUUUUUACCUCGCUGUUUUCUUCUGGAUGUUAAUUUCAGGGAUGCUGCUCUUAUACAUGACAGUCAUGGUAUUUGGCCAAAUGUCAAGGAUCAAAAUGAUAGCCAUUUCCUUCCCUGUCGGUUAUGGCGCACCUUUGCUCAUAGCAUCCAUUACUGUUGCAUCAACAGCUGGACCUCAGAAUUAUGUUUCCAAACAAGCAUGCUGGCUGAACUGGAAUGAAUCCAGGGCUCUGCUGGCAUUUGUGAUUCCAGCUCUCACUAUUGUAGCCAUAAACCUUGUGGUUUUGGUUGUGGUUCUGUACAAGAUGUUAGGUACUGGAGUUGGUGCCGCAACUCAACCAAGUGAGAAAAAUACCUUUUUUGUCGUUGUCCGAUGUGUGGCCUUUUUGACUCCUCUUUUUGGUCUAACAUGGGGAUUUGGAAUUGGAACCAUGCUGUCAAGUGCAUUAGGCGUCCAUGUGUUGUUUACACUCCUCAAUGCAUUCCAGGGAUUCUUUAUUUUGCUGUUUGGAACCAUUUUAGACGCCAAGGUUCGAGAGGCAUUACGAGGAAAACUGCAAAUAGAUAAACUCGCUUCCCGAAUUACCCAGAGCACCAGUGGAGGAGCAUCAUCUUCAGCUGGACAAAGGGGACCACGGAGGAAUGUCUACAAUGUGUCGGAUCCCAACAAUACCUCGAGAUUUACUUCAGAGGGCGUGAGCGGCUCAUAUUCAGCUGUAGACACCUAAAGGACAUCAGUUUGUUACUGUUUUUUUUUUGUUACAGUUUCUGUUACUGUUUUGUGUGAUGAUUAGUCUGAAAAUAAGCUCACAGUAUGAUUUGUUCUUUAAUAUAUUUUGAGUUCUGUGAUUAAGGACUGCAAAUUAUACUUUUUUGUGCUAAAAAUGCAAGUGCUCUUCUAAAAAUCGCUUAGAUGUAAGCUCUUCUCCAACUCUAAAAGCUUCUAAAAUAGUGCUCAGCACAGAGCAUAAUAUGUAACGGCAAUGGCACUACCGGCAUUUUUUAAGAAUGCAGCACUUCUAGGGCUGUGCAAUAUGACAAUAUAUUAAAUAAGCAUGGGACGAUGACCCUUUUUAAGGUAUAUGUAAGGUUUUUUUUUUUUUACUUUUUUUUUUAUCUCCAGCAGAAGAGAUAUCCAAAGAUGUCAUUUAAAUUGGAAAGAAGCUUUUGAAGCUAAUGUAGACAGCAGAAGUAAAUGAUUGAUUUGAAUUAUUUAGCUUGACAUGUUUACUGUUCCAAAAUAUUUUAAAUGUUUCUUAAAAUAAAAUAUAUUGUCUUAAAAGGGGAAAAAGUUAUUUUUUUUUACCCUAGACAUUUAAACAUAUAUAUAUAUAUACUUUUUAAAUGUUGCAGUAAUCAGAUCAUAGCAGUAAUCACAAUACCAUAAAACCGUGAUAUUUUUAUAGGUUACCGUCAGAAUCUUAUACCGGCCCACAACAUAUAAUCGUAAGGACAUUAUAAAAAGUCUAUGGUUUCAUAUUUUGCUCUAUAGUUUAUACAUUGUAAUGAAAUAUACAGUGUUUACUAUAAUACUUUGACAACUUAAUGUAUAUUAGCACAAUAUCACACACUAUUACAGGAAUGUAGACAGAAACUGCAAGAAAGCUGUAAUCUUGAAAGAAUUAUUUUUACAUUUUGUAUUUUAUUUAGCAAAAUGUUAUGUUGGGCCCGUAAUCAUUCGUUUUUGAAAACUGUUUUAUAUUGAAUGAAUAUUUAUUUUAUAUUUUUACUAUAUAUAUAAUAUCUAUAAUAUCUAUAAUAUUUUAUUAAUGAUCAUUUAAUCUAUAUCUAGCAUAAAAUUUAAAAUGUAAAUGUAAAAAAAAGGUCAAUGUAUAUAAUGAAUGAAUGAAUGUAUAUAACUAAUGAAUAAUUGAAUUUAAAGAAAAUGUACUAUUUCUCUAUGCAUAUUAUUUAUCAAUGGAGCUGCAAUUUUACACAAAAGUUCAGAAAUAAUGCUUCAUUGGACAGAGGCCUUUUGUUUUCUUUAAAUCAGAAUUAUUUUCCCGUUGGCUACAUCUUGGUUUUCUUCUUUGUUAUAAUUAAUUUCAAAUGCUACUGUGAAACUGUCAAUUAUUGAAUGCUUUUGCAUUUCCUUAAAGGCGCAAUAUGUAGUUUUCACCACUAGAGGGUGUUCACAUCAAAUGAAGGCUGUGUGUGGUAUCAUGGGAGUUGUGGUCUUCAUUAAGUUCCACAGGACUGCUGCUGAAAUCAUGUUCGUGGAUGAGCUGAAGUAUUUAAUAUUUAUUCUCAUGGUGAAACAGAGAGUUGAAGGUUGACAGAACAGAAGACAGAGGCAAAAUGAGACUCAAGCAACUGCUGAUGAGAGAUGAGCAUGAUGUGGUGUGAAAGCAGCUGAGCUUUUAUUAUGCCAAAGUCAACCUGUUAAUUGCACUCCAAUAAAAUUCUAAAUACUUUAUUUUUGGUGUUUUCCUAUUUCAUAUAAAAGAGAUGUCAUUAACACAGAAUCACAGGACACAGUCCAUAUCAGUAAUUAAAAAUACUUAUUUCUUUGGAUAGUAUGAUUCUUCAAAACAUUUGGUAUAAUAUAAGUACAUAAGUCAACAAAAUACAUAAGACUAUUCAAGGGAUUUUUGGCUAUUUUAAUGAUGAAAAAACAUAUUGUGCCUUUAAGUAAGUUUUUUAUUUUUUCUGUGUUUCCUGUUUACUGUUUUUUUUUUCUAUUGCUGGAUCAAUUCAAUUGUCCGGUUGAAAGCAAACAAUUUAAGCACUUGUAUACAUUUGACAUGCCUUUUUCUGCAACAAUUGCUUUCCAAUAAGCAAUGACGUCAUUUAUACAAUAUAUGAUUUUGACAUAAUUGAUAUAAUGUAUUAUUUUGAAUGACAUGAUUACUUUUUAUUAUUACCAUUCUUCAAUUUGAAAAAAGUUUUUUGGUGCAUCUUUUAGGCCUUUAGGCCUGCAUGAUUUCGUGCUGCCAUCUGUAAUCGAACUCUUAUAAUCUCACUGGUCUCGAGUCUUAUUGAAGAAUAAAAGAAGAAGGGGCUACAGAGGAAGACGAGAAAGGACCAGGCCUGGAUAGUUUAUGUUUGUCAUACUUUCUGUUCCCCCAAUGAGUUUACCAGUUGUUUUAUGUAUAUUUUCAUUAUUAAAAUUAUUUAAAGUUA